AUGGCUAUUAUAAUUCCGAGGACAGGGUCACAUCUUACACUAUUUACUCGUUCUUUGUGUAGCAAUUUUCGUAGAUGCUCUUCCGUUAGCAAUACAUAUCUACCUGCUCCAAGGACUCAGAUUUAUUCCCAUUUUGAACAAGUGUCUCAAAUGUCAUCAGUUAUUGGCAAAUUUACAACCUAUUCUGAAAAUGAGUUUUCCUUUUUCAUAGAACCAUUUCUCAAAGUCGAGUUAGUAGAAGAACUUAAAACCUUCGGUGACCUAUCACUUUUGAUUCGGAAACCAACAAUCAACAUGAUUAAGGACGUAAUUAACAUUCGAGAUUUACAGAAAGAGAGUUUCAAAAAGGAACCUGACUCCUCUGAAUUUGUCGCACUAGCUAAAUACUGUGUUCCACGCUUUGUACUCUAUGGCCAACCGGGGACUGGUGUUUCAGUCAUUUUGGGACAAAUUAUGUGUUUCGCCGGUAGAGAAAAAUGGCUUAUAUUUCCGUUCACGAGUUGUGAAAAUUUUCUGGAACCAUCAAAUGACAUUGCUCCUAGCAAUGAGUAUCACUAUAACCAACAUCGUGAGAAUUUUGCGGGUGAUGCUUUUGAUUUCCCAGCUCGUUCUGCUGAAUGGCUUAAAUUCUUUUUACAACUUAACCGACCAUUGUUUGAAAAGUUAAAACCAGUUGUAUCUCGACAAGUAGAAUGGACCAAAAAAGACAUAAUGCCCGAAGGAACAUCCUGGGUAGAUUUAAUAAAUUUUGGCAUCGCCAGGACCAAAUACGCAACGGAUUGUAUUGGAAUCUUAUUAAGAGAGAUGCGUCUACUAUCAUCUACUCCUGAUGGCCCUCCUUGUUUAUUGGUCAUCGAUGGUGUAAAUUUCCUGUGGUGUCGUGGUACUUUAUUAAAGGAUAAAACUCUUUCGGUUAAUGUUACUACCGAUCGAUUGGCAAUUGUACAUCAUUUGAAACGUGCACUGAGGGGAGACUGGCGUCAUGGUGUCAUAGUUACCUCUACAAAUAUUCGGGCGGCUUGGCCUACAGAUAGGGAGCAAUAUACUCCUGGUUAUCUAUUGGGGAAAUCCGGUUUCGAAUAUAUGGAUCCAUUCAUUCCUGUUCACGUUGAAAAUUACACCCCAACAGAAAUUAAUGCCUUAUUAAGAUUUUAUGCAGAGAAUAAUUGGCUUACAAAUCCCGCCGCUUUUACACCAAAUGGACAAGCUGAAUUAAUAUUUUUGUCUGAUUACAAUCCUCUGGAACUUAGCCGUUUGGCUGCUGAAUGGUAG